ACCUCGUACAUAAGUCUCAUCGGCUGGGGAUGAGACACACACAGGGGGUAGACAGGAGCAUAUAAAUGCGCGGUGAUCCGGGUCCAUGAGACUUAUUAGAGUCGAGAGUAGCCGGAGCGAGAGUAGUGGAUAAGGCGGGAGUGAUAACAUCAAGUAGUUUUUUUUUUUUUCAAAAAAGGAUCGUGUUGACGUAUUAUCGUACCAAACGCAUACAAACGUACCCCACACCAGGCGGAAAUUGCCAGUUUGUUUUUGGUUGUCACUGUUUUUUUAUUUUCCGUCUGAUCUUUUAUUAGUUUUUCCACUUCCUCCUCUGUAGGGCAAAAUUGCCUGCUCCUUCACCCCUUCCACGAAUAGCCAGGAAAAUUCACCUGUCUCACUUGCACGCGAAAAAACAUCAAGUUACCCAACCACCGACCCCUCGUCCCUUCGUUCAGUCACCUCUCGCCAACUCACCCCUUUUUCCACCCCCUCUUUGCUCUAUUAUUUCUCUCCCUCUUUCCCUCUCUCUCUCUCUCUCUCUCUCCCUCUCUCUGAGAAUGUAAUACCAACCACGAAAAAUAAUAUCAUGAGAACGCUCUCCUUAUCAUUUGGCAAGACACACGUACAAGCAGUUGUUACCCAUACAUCCGUAAAAAGCUCAUUUACCAUCCCCCUCUAAGCCACCUGUCCAGGGCUGACUAGUAGACGACCCGAGCAUUCAUGGCGCCGGGCUCAAGUCUCACGAUCGAUUUCGCGUGUACAUGUUCGAAUGUUGGGAAAAAUAAGAAUACAGUAGUUUCAACCAGCGUCAGAAGUUGAGGUGAAAGCUCAGACGUCAGUUACGAGGGGAAAAAUCAAUCAAAAUCGCUUGUGGAUUAAAAAGACGCUCGACGAAGGAGCUGUUACAUCUGGAUAAUCGGUAAUAGUUCACAGAGUCAUCUUGUUCGUACUCCUUCACGUUGAAUGAAUGCCAAGGGAUCGUGUGAGGGGAAGCGACAUUCGAGGGUCGCUUGAGGGUCAGUUUGGUGCUUAUCAAAUAGGAGAAAAUAUCGCUGAACAAUUGAAAUAAUUCGCCAGGAGAGUCUCCGAGUGAUACAAAUUCAUGUUGUUUACGAUGUUUUGACACCUGAGUUACUGAAAAUCAGUACAAAUCAUGAGACACGCUCUGCUUGGUCUCUUGUUUAUAACUAUGAUAUGUGGCUCCAAAGCUGAAGCGAGUUACGUCUGUCUUGAGGACAAUCCCGAUCUCCAGCCUUGCAAUUUUGAAAGGAUCGAGAGGACCCCUAGCAAGGGCGAUUUGGAGAAAAAAACAAGGAUUAGUAAUGGUGCUGUGAUGGAAAGUCUGUACCAAGCUCCUGAUGGAACAGUUGUCAUUUACAAACUCGAGGGCUGUAUUCCCAGGAGAUUGCCAUUCACAUUGCCAAUAUGCAAGACUGGAGACACCGUUGGUCAUGUUGUGGAGGUCAGAAGGCUUUUUCCAUUCGUCAUCUCCGGUGAUCCGCCUACCGCGCCCCUCAUCUUUCCGGAAGUCGAAGCCGCACAGCUGUACAAAUCCACGGGGGUGCUCCAGGAGAAGAUGUAUAAUCCUGUGAUUAGCCGACAAGACUUGAAUCUUGAGAAGGAAACGGCGACGAAGGUUUCCCGGAGGAAGAAGAAAUUGAAUUUGGAAAAUUUGAAGAAAAUUCGCAAGCACGAGAAAGCAUUGGGCGGUGAGAUGAUGGAAAAUAGGGACAUUUCAUCGGUAUUACCUGCUGUAUUCAAGUCAAAACACUAUAGGAGAAGAAACGACAUCGACACCACUGAGGGAUUCAAGAAAUCUGCAAGAACAGGUCGACAAUUUUUUGACAGCUCCGUUCCAGAAUAUGAAUUCCCUUACGAUCGAGCGGUUCCUCACGAUCUAGUGCACGUCAGAAGAUUCCUUCAUCUACCAAAAGACUCACUGGGCAGCGAUGAGUACACAAGACAUGGGGGUGAAUUCCCUUAUUCACAGUCGAUUCCCUUCGACCCCGAGAAGCACAAAAAUCUUCUUCAUGUAUCGGAGGAGAAGCGCCAUCGUCCAGAAGAAGAACCAAAAUACUUUCCGUACGAUGAGGCACUUCCUUAUGAGCCCCUGAAGUUGGAGCAGUUGCUUAUGUGGGUCAAGAAUCGCAAUGAGUUGACAGAAUCGAAGCUGUGGAAGAGGGAAGUAAUAAACGAGGGUGAUGAAUUUCCUUAUAACAAAGCAAUACCUUACAAUCACUGGAAAGUAUCGGAAUUCAGGAGGCGGCUUGAGGCACGAUCACCGGGUCACGUUAAGGAAUAAAGAAUAAAAGUAUGGAAGAAGUAAUUUUGAACUGAAGUUUAACGGCAGUUUGAAGGAUAAAAAGAAUAAUCAAGUCAAUUUUAUGGACUUAAAAUCGAGAGACAAAAUAAGAGGAGAUAUAAUUUAUGAAUUAUCUUACUGAAGGCUCGGAAAAUUUCUCUCGAUUUUUGGCGUGUUGCCGAAAAAUAUUGUGAUACGUAUACGUAAGGCAUGUUUACUAUUUUUUUUUAUUAUAGUCAAUUCUUUGUGAUUACACAUGGAUAAUCACAUUGACAAGAGACAAGUGCUUCUCUGUUUAAUAUAAGGUUAUAGUAAAUUCUUUGUAGGAUAUUAAUGAAUAUUAGAAGGUCAAAGGCUCAUGUAACCACUGCAAAUAGUUUAUUACCAUAUAAUCAUGUCGAAUCACAGAAAAAAGGCUCUCUAUAUGCACUCUCAUCCCUAUUUGCUAGAAAAAUAUUGUGAAUUAUGCGAUGGCAAUAAAGCAUAUUACAAGUU